AUGGCAUCUCUGCAUUCUCUUACCGUCCAAUGUUUGUUGUUGGUUUCUACGGCUCAGAUGAAUGGUCUUCAAGAGAAGGAUAUUUUCCUCCCAGCAGCAUUUGGAGAUAACAUUAAAUUGUCUUGUAUUUCUUCUGACAAUGUCAAGAUCGGAUCAAGAUUUUCCUGGUACAGACAAAAAUUGGGCAUGAAACCAGUACUCAUCUCUUCCUACUUUAAAUAUGACCAGAAGGAUGAAUUUUAUGGAGAAUUUAGCAGGGACAAACGUUUCAGACUGGAUUAUGAAAAUGACAAACAUGACUUGCACAUCAACAAUGUAAGCAUGUCAGAUUCUGCUGUUUAUCACUGUGUGAAAUGCUAUUUACACCAAAUUGACUUCCUAGAAAGUGUCACUGUGAUUGUAAAGAGUUUGGAACCUACAAUUGAGGUCCGUCAGUCUGCACAUGAGGAAAUAGAACCAGGACAUACUGUGAUUCUGAACUGUAGCGUCCAGACUGAGAGCUGUGAAGGACCACACAGAGUUCACUGGUUCAAACAGUUUGUAGAGUCUGCAGCAGGAGUCCUUUACAGCCACGGAGGAGGUAACAUGCAUGAUGGGUGUAAGAACAAAGGGAAAAGUCCAACCAACUUCUGUGUCUACAACCUCCCCAUACACAAUGUGAGCUCAGAGCAGACUGGAACCUACUACUGCGCUGUGGCCGCCUGUGGACAAGUCCUGUUUGGGAAUGGGACCCAAAUCACAAUAAAAGCUACACCUGUCCAUGUGUACGUCCUGAUUGGAGCGUUGAUGUUCACCUCCAGUCUGCUCAUUGGACUGUGCAUAAAAAGCAGUGCAGGCUCUGACAUCCUCUACCAGACUCAGGGUUUGAAGAUUCAGGUCUUUGCAUUUGUGGUUGCAAUCAGGAAGUCAUACUGUUUCAGAAACAUUCGCCACCAGUCCGAGAAGUAA